CACAUUGUUUAUAUCCCCCUAGCUUCCAUGGUUUGAAAGCUUGUUACUUGCAAGCAGUAUGCAAGCCAAUACAAUAUGCCACCUAAGUCCAACCAAAUUGAUCCCGAUAUCCCCAAGGCAUGAUCGAGUCUCGGCGGGCCGAGCUCUGGUCGCAGCCGGCCAGGUCCCAAAAGCGAUCUCGAUCUCGACCUCAGAGGGUUGCUCUUCGGGCAUCUCCACGGUGAAGGUGGAAGAAGAUCGGGUGGCCGCAUUCUGGGACUAUCAGUUCCUCUUCGUGUCGCAGCGGUCGGAGGCUGCUGAGCCUGUCGUGCUCCCGGUGGUGGUCGGGGCGGUGCCGCCAGAUUUCCCCUCGGGGACAUAUUACCUGAUUGGCCCGGGGCUCUUCGCCGACGACCAUGGGUCGACGGUGCACCCUCUAGACGGGCAUGGCUACCUGAGGAGCUUCAUCUUCGGCGGGGCCUCCGAAAACAAGGAGGUCAAGUUCAUGGCCCGAUACGUGAAAACCGAGGCCCAAGUCGAGGAGCACGACCCGGCGAGCGACACGUGGCGGUUCACGCACCGGGGCCCUUUCUCGGUGCUCAAGGGAGGGCGGAAGGUUGGCAACACCAAAGUGAUGAAGAACGUCGCCAACACCAGCGUGGUGAAGUGGGGAGGGAAGUUGCUGUGCCUUUGGGAAGGCGGCGACCCGUACGAGAUCGAGCCCGGGUCGUUGAGCACGGUAGGGAAGCUCGAGAUGAUGGACGGCUAUGGCGAGCCGCAGCAUGGCGAGGGCGGCGGUGUCGGUGAUGUAUGGGAUGUUGCCGCUAGCAUUUUGAAGCCCAUCUUGUAUGGAGUAUUCAAAAUGCCAGCGAAGAGAAUGCUAUCACAUUAUAAAGUAGACGCAAAGAAAGACAGGCUUCUCACUUUGUCGUGCAAUGCAGAGGACAUGCUGUUGCCCCGGAGUAACUUCACUUUUUAUGAAUUUAACUCGAAUUUCGAGCUGUUACAGAAGAAGGAAUUCAACAUUCCUGACCAUCUAAUGAUUCACGAUUGGGCUUUCACGGAUACUCACUACAUAUUAUUUGGGAAUCGCAUCAAGGUUGACAUUCCAGGGUCAAUAAGUGCAGUAUGUGGAAUAUCGCCGAUGAUAUCGGCAUUAUCAGUGGACCCCAGCAGAUCGACGUCCCCGAUCUAUCUUCUUCCAAGAUCACAGGAUGAGAGCCGGAAGGGAAGAGAUUGGAGAGCCGCCAUUGAAGUGCCUGCACAGCUUUGGCUUCUGCACUUCGGCAACGCCUAUGAGAACGUGGACGACGAGGAAGGGACGAGGGAGAUACGCUUACAAGCCUGCGUCUGUUCCUAUGAAUGGUUCAACUUCCACAAGCUCUUUGGAUACAAAUGGCAGAGUGCUAAAUUGGAUCCUUCCAUCAUGAACGUCCAACAAGAAGGGAAAGCCUUGUUGCCUCAUCUGGUUCAGGUGUCCAUUGACAUCGACGCUGAAGGGGAUUGCCAGAAGUGUUCCGUGGAGUCUCUCAACAACUGGACGCGGCCUACGGAUUUCCCCGUGAUAAAUCCGGACUUUUCGGGGAGGAAAAACAAGUACAUAUAUGGCGGAACAACUUCCGGCUCCCGUCCGGCACUGCCCCAUUUCCCAUUCGACUCUGUCAUAAAGCUCAAUUUGUCCGAUAAGUCUGGCAGCACAUGGUCCACUGGUGACCGAAGAUUCAUCGGCGAGCCGAUUUUUGUCCCCAAAGGAACCGGAGAAGACGACGGAUAUAUUCUUGUGGUUGAGUAUGCAGUCUCAAUUCAGAGAUGUUAUCUAGCCAUUCUGAAUCCGAAGAGGAUCGGAGAAGCCGACACUCUCGUGGCGCGACUCGAAGUGCCUAAAGAAUUGAACUUCCCCCUGGGAUUUCAUGGUUUCUGGGACAUCGACAGUUGACCUGUACACAACACUGUAAUCCAUAUGAUCAACUGGGUGUGAACGUAUUCUUGGCUUUGGGAAUGCAUUUGCUUGCCUUUCUGCUCUAGACUUCCAGGUGGAUGUUGCCAUACUGAAUCCACUGUACACACUACUGAAAUCACUAGCUAUGGAAACACUGAUCGAUGGUCCAAACCAG